CUCACCCACCCUCCAGUUGCGACUCAUCCUCCUGGGCGGGGAGAGGUGGCAGUUGAGUCCUCCCGUAUCCCAGCAGGCAGUGCAGUCUGGAGACGCUGACAAAGGAGCAAGGAGCAGUCGCAGCUGCUUUGCGAGGAAGCCACUGUUACUGAGAUUGCCAAAAUGGUUUGGAGUUUUUAACUGAAUCUAAGAAAGUCCAAAAUAGCUUUGAGGCGGUAAAAACAGAGCUGCAGCAAGGGGGAUUCAGUGCCAAUGCAUCAACAAAAAAGACAACCAGAGUUAGUGGAAGGAAACCUUCCUGUUUUUGUGUUUCCCACGGAGCUGAUAUUUUAUGCAGAUGAUCAGUCAACACAUAAGCAAGUGUUGACUCUGUACAACCCCUAUGAGUUUGCCUUAAAGUUCAAAGUUUUAUGUACGACUCCAAAUAAGUAUGUUGUCGUCGACGCUGCAGGUGCAGUGAAGCCUCAGUGCUGUGUGGAUAUUGUGAUUCGUCAUAGAGAUGUUCGAUCCUGUCACUAUGGCGUGAUAGACAAAUUCCGCCUCCAAGUUUCUGAGCAAAGCCAGAGGAAGGCUUUAGGAAGGAAAGAGGUUAUUGCUACUCUUCUCCCAUCUGCGAAAGAACAACAGAAGGAAGAAGAGGAGAAAAGAAUAAAGGAACAUUUAACCGAAAGCGUAUUUUUUGAGCAGUCGUGUCAACCAGAAAACAGAACGGUCUCUUCAGGACCUAGUUUGCUAACUGUCUUCCUGGGUGUGAUCUGUAUUGCGGCCCUGAUGCUGCCUACGCUGGGGGAUAUGGAAUCGCUGGUGCCUCUCUACCUCCACUUAAGUGUGAAUCAAAAAUUAGUGGCUGCUUAUAUCUUAGGUCUUAUCACAAUGGCUAUACUUAGAACAUGAGCAAGGAUUACAACUGACUUCUGAAGUAAAUUUAUCUUAAAUAUGAAUGUGGACUGCCUUUUAUCUCUAUUUCACUCCAUUAACACACUACAAAUUAUGAAUGAUUUCAAGUAACUGCAAAUGUAUAAUAUAUAUUUUCAAUUAGUCUCUAAUUUUAUUUAAAGGACUCUAGCACUUUAUGUUCCAGACAACAAAAAGAUACUUCCGAGUGAUACAGAGGGAAUUAUUGGAAGACAUUCUUUUAAAAGCUAUGCCUAUUGUGCGAACAACUUUAAAUGUUAUUUUUCAUCUUUUUUUUGUCUAAUUCACUUUGAUAAGGGUCAUGGGUCCUUCAAAGUAUAAGACCUAAAUGAGCAACUGCACAGUUGAAAAUGAAAUGACAUUCAUUGCUAGACACAUGCAUCAGCAUUACUAUGUAAAUCAUGCCUCCCUCCCUCGGUCAUUGAAAGGGGUUGCUAUAGUGGUUUUCAAGCAAAUUUGUUCCAAGCAGUGUGUGAGAGGCUCCAGAAAGCAGGGGACUUACUGGGGGGGGGGCACACUUACCUUAGAGUCUCACAGAAGACAAGAUGGAUGUAAGGCAUCUUGUGAACUGCAGAACAGGUUGUGGUCCAGACACCAGGCACCUCAUACAAGUAAACUGGCUUCUCUGUUUGGCCUGAGAGUUCUAAAGGAAGGUAGACAUUUUUUAAAAUUACGUUGUUCUUCCUGGCUUUACCUCGGGUUCCCCCUUCGUGUUAUUAAGGGGAAAAGCACCUUUUGGUUUCCCCCAAGUCUCUUGCUUGCCUGAAUGUAAGUGACUUGCUCUGACUAGGAAAGUCCGAUAACAGUUUCCAAGGACAUGAUUUUUCACCUUCAAACUCUAAGCCAAGUAGAGAAAGCCCUAGAUACCCGUGUCUAUUUUGUAUCAGUCACUGAGACAUUUUUUAAGUUUUUAUUUAUGAAAAUAAUUUACCAAAAAGUCCCCUAAGCACAACUAUUUCCAUUUCUUUAUAGCAUUUUCUGACCUCUGACAUCUGUGCAGUUUUAACUGUUCUUGUCACAGCAACUGAUCUUUUUUGUCUUAGGAUUUUUAUCUGAAAGCACAAUGCAUUAAGUCUCUUGAAAAUCCAUUUCUCUUCCAGCUCUUUUUAAUAAACUUUAUGCACUGCUAAUGUAGCAUUCUCAAGGAAUAUAUGUAAACACAAAUGUAUGCCUGAAGUUGAUUUUUUGCAGGAAACAGUACUCUGCUUCUAGAAGCUUUUUGUCUAGUAUUUCAUAGGGAAUCAUUGUUUAACCAUUUAUGGAGCAUAAAUCAUCCAGUGGAUCAUGUCUGUACAUUGUAUAAUGACUGAAAAGCACAUAAGUGUAAUCAACUUUGAGCUCAUAAAAACAUGUUUGUGAGGCUCUC